AUGUUCGCACGUUUGAAGCUUAAACAUCUGCUCUGCUGUCUGAUACUUUUGCCGCUUUUAUUGCUUUCAAUACCAAUAGAUCCCCAAUCAUUGGGCAGAAGCUGUGGUCGCGCGCAAGGUGAAGCGCGUUAUUUCAUACCCUUUCGUGGCAGUUGCUUUCACAUACCCAAAAGAUCGAUGAACUGGUUUACCGGCAUGCGCUAUUGCCUAGUCAAUGGCCUAACAUUAGCAACACUGGAUGAGCACGAAAAAAUGGUCUUGAUCACGCGGCAUUGCCAACGCCAUAGUAUGCGUCAAGAGUAUUGGUUUGGCGCUACGGAUCUUGGUAUGCCAAACGCAUUUUGGUAUAUUAGUAACGGUUUACCAAUACGAUAUGGACCAAAAAAGUCGUUAGAGGAGGAAUCCACAGAGCACUGCCUCAAAUUGAAUAUACAUGCAAAUUCAACACAUAUCGCGAGAGAUUCAUGCCUCGCCGUACACCCUGUUAUUUGUGAGCGUGUGGAGAGUGGCACGUAUUUUAGAGAAUAUAAUAAGAUCAUGUGA